AUGUUUAUUGCUUUUGGGGCUUCAUUAGAUGGAUGGAAGCAAUGUCGACCAGUUAUAGUGGUAGAUGGAACAUUUUUAAAGACGAAAUGUGGAGGUACACUGUAUGCAGCUUGUGUUAAAGAUGGAAACAAUCAAAUUUUUUCGCUCGCCUUUGGAAUUGGGGAUUCAGAAAAUGACAAUGCAUGGAUAUGGUUCUUUACAAGACUAAAAGAAGCAAUAGGAGAUCGAGAAAAUUUGUGCAUAGUAUCUGACAGGCAUAAACGCAUAAAAAAUGCAGUUGAACAAGUGUAUCCUGGUGUAUAUCAUGGAGUUUGUCUUUAUCAUUUGAAGCAAAAUCUAAGGACUAAGUUUAGGGGAUUACAUGUGCAUGCCAUAUUUGAAACUGCUUCAAGAGCGUACUCAGCUCAAGAAUAUUAUUCUGCCAUGGCUGAAUUACAGAAAAUUAGCCCUGAAAUGACCACUUAUCUUUUGGAAGCAAAACCAGAAAAAUGGGCUCGGCCAUUCUUUCCAACGAAAUGGUAUAACAUUCUUACAAGUAACAUUGCCGAAUCUAUAAAUGCAGCAAUUGUGCAUGCGAGAGAAUUGCCUAUAACGUCGUUAAUAGAAUCUAUAAGAGAGAUGCUUCAAAGAUGGUUUUCAACAAGAAAAGAAGCAGCAAUCAACCAAUUUAUUGAAGUGACAAAAUGGGCAAAUGAUGAAAUGGAGAUCAAACUUGAUGUGGCAUUUCGAAUGAAGGUAGAUGCAAUUGAUGCAAUAAAAUCUAGUGUCACAUAUGGUGAUCGAGUGUUUGUUGUCGACUUGGAACAACAUAUGUGCACAUGUAAUGAAUUUCAACUAGAGGGAAUUCCAUGUGCACAUGCUAUUGCAACAAUUGAAAGCAAGUACUUGGACAAGUACAAAUUUUGCUCAAAUUGGUAUAAAAAUUCUGUUUUGAAAGAGACAUAUGCAGGAUCAAUUAAUCCUCUUCCAGAUAAAGUUGAUUGGAGUGUCCCAGAUGAAAUUAUAGGAGAUAGCAUGAAAGCUCCAAAAUUCAAAUCUAAAGACUAUAAAGAUGCAAUGUUACACAUAUUUGUUGCGUUGUGGACUUGUGGAUAA